UGACUUGCACAGUCCGCACUGACUUUUGUCUGGCUCCAGGACGCGUGGAAGACUGUAUCAGACCAAACAAAACCUAGGAUCCUUCUUUGCUCCAGUUACAGAGAUGGUUUGCUAUUCGCAAGUUAUAGGUCAGCGGACUGCACUGAUGGGUAAUCCACACUGAACUACUGCAUAAUUCAGUUUCGUCGGAGCUGUAGUUCUCCAAUUUAAAUGAAGCGUGAUUCGCGUUUUUGGAUGCUCGCAGAGAAAAAAAAGGGGAGUGGACAACUCUGAGUGUAGAAAAGAGAGUCUGAUAACUACUGUUGCCUAGUGUUGUUGUAGGAGCACCGGUGACCGUUUCAGUGGGCAGGAUUCCCCACAACAACUGUGGUAUUUUAAUCGCGUUUUGAUUUAAUUUAUUCAUUCCGUUUUCUUUUAAUCACAUCACAUUUCAAUGAUGGACGAAGAGAACGGGUUGCCGGAUUUUAAGGAUCUUGAGAUCAAGUUAGGUCGCAAAGUUCCAGAAAGUCUCAUUCGGUCUUUCAACGAGAGAGAUCUGAAAACUAAAAGUGAGGAAAAGAGGCUCGCAACGCCGGUGACUGUGAAGAACCACACGUCUGCAGACUUGAAGCGACUGGAGAGCAAAAUGUUAUUUUUGAAACAGGAAAUGGCCCACCUACGUGCCAUCGACGUGAAGCUGAUGCACCAACUCCUGACCAUCAACGAGGGCAUCGAGUCUAUCCGCUGGGUGAUGGAGGAGAGGGCGGGAGUGGCCAGCCGCGAAAGCAGCCUGACGGGCAGCCUGUACAGCCUAUCGGAUAGCCAGGACACCUCCCAGCGGGGCAGUUGCAACAGCCUCCACGACUGCAGCGACAGCCUGGACGGGAUAUCGGUGGGCAGCUACCUGGACACUCUCGGAGAGGACCUAGAAGAGGACCUGGGAGAGGACCUCCCCAAUCGCUCGUCGCCAACGGAAAUGACCAACGGGUUUCCGGAAAAGUCCACCAUCACCGUGGACGACAACGGCGACGACAACGAGGACCUUCUCAAGAAGCCCCUGCCGCCGCUGCGUCCUCGAGUGGAGACGGACGAGUACUAUAUUUUUGGUUGAUUCAUUUCUGCUGUUUUUAGCUUGUUGUGGCUAACUGCCCGUUAGCUGGGACAGGCUCCUUGUUGGACUGACUCUUCCCCCUGUCUUGCUUCCCCCAGCUCCACCACCUAAUGUAUGCUGCUGACUGAUGACUGCAAUGUUGCUGCAACGUUGAGGGCCUCAGAUAGUGGGUAGCUAGCUGUGUCCUCGUCAGGCCCACAUUUGGCCCCGAUACGGCCCAGAGUUGGCUACAGUGCGGGAGGAGGUCACUGAGUUCCUCUGGUUGAACCUGUUGCUCCCCCUCCUCCUCCUCCUCAUAGUCUGCAUUAAUCCUCCCCCCCUCCUCAACCCCUAUGCCCCCCUCCCAGAAAAUAAACCACUAGGCAAAACACACUUAACCUGCACGACACCCUGAGCCCUGGCCCACUCAUGUGAUGGUAGCAAAAUAAGGGUUUAAUAAUAAUAGUCGUUCUUAUGGUGAUGACAACAAGACCACUCCAGAGACUUUCAGUAUCUUGCACACAAGACACAAAUGUCCCCUCUCAGGCUAACACUGCAUGUGUGCGCUGAACAUUUCCCUCCAAAGACUGCAACAGUGCCUCCAUAUGUCUUAACCCCCCCUCAACCCCCCACCCAGGCCCCCUCCCGACCUCCUCAGAUACAAUGGCUAAGGCCUCUAACCCGAGUAAUAUGUGGUAAAAAGGGAUUUAGCGAUUAUUUUGGCAUUAGCCCUCGCUCGCGCUGGGAGCCUGGCUUCUGAGAGGAUCACGGGCCACAAACGGACAUUUCCUCCAGUGAUUACAAGUGGCAGGAGCUACCAAGUGCAAUUUCUGGUCAUGCCAAAAACCCACGUGUUUUGUUUUUCACCCUAUGAACUGAGACAGCGUGCAGGAGUUGUUUUUUUUUCUUUUUUCCUUCAGCUCAAUGUUCAUCGACCUUUGGUCUUCCCCAAUGCACCUGUUGAUCCAAGAUGUGUGCGGAAGUUUUUUUGUUCUUGGACCUUUGACGUGCUGAAAUUGUGUAUUUAUUUCAGUGUUUCACAGACUGUGGAUCUGACCUGUAAACUACGGAAAGGCACAUACUCUGCUCCAAAGAAACACAGAUUUAGCCUUGUUUUUAACACUUGAAUAUUUUAAAUUGCAGACAGAUCUGUUGUUUUUUUUGGAUGUUGUGAUAUUUCAGCAUUCUUAAGAUGUGUGAAAACAAUGUAAAUAUACAGUUGGCAACUGGAUGAUAACAGUGCCUCAACCAUGUCUGUGUGUGUGUGUGUGUGUGUGUGUGUGUGUGUGUGUGUGUGUGUGUGUGUGUGUGUGUGUGUGUGUGUGUGUGUGUGUGUGUGUGUGUGUGUGUGUGUGUGUGUGUGUGUGUGUGUGUGUGUGUGUGUGUGUGUGUGUGUGUGUGUGUGUGCGUGUGAGAGUGUGUGAUUGGUUGGUUGCAGGUGCUGUUGUUGCCUACUUUCGACAGGUGUGCUUCUAAUUUAUUAUUUGUAUUUGGUGUUAAGAAGUGUUUUGAGAAAAAUGCAUAAUAUAUUGUGUUUUUUCUUAACG